UGGAGACAGCAUGAUUUGGAAGCUGAAGAAGCAAUCUUUUACAUAACAAAGCGAUUCGGUCAUCAGGUGAGUGUCGAAAAUGGUGAAAUGGAAAAGAAGGGUGCCGGCUUAUCCAGUGAAACGAGUAGUGCAUCCAGUAAAAGCACGGACAGUGACGAGAAGAAGAUCCAGCAGAAGCGAAGCUGUAAUGAUAAUCUGUGA